AUGGCGGUCCAGUCUACUCUUAGAAACAGCCGGCAGCACUUGAAGCAGCUUGCCAACUUCUACGUCGCCCACCGUCCUGUCUUCCAACGGCUGCUCACUAUUGCUUUCGCUGUACAUGUUAUCUCUUCAACAUACCACGGUUUCUCUGCCAAGUCUUCUCCCAAGAGUAAGGGAAAAGAGAAGGAGAAGGUGGAGGCUGUGAAUCAAGGUCAUCCGCGAAGGCCUGUCCGAGUCGCUGUGGAUGCGCUGUUCUACCAACGGCUCUCCACAAUACUUAGAAUCGUGAUCCCGAAUCUACGCUCGAAGGAGGCUCUACUCCUUUGCAUGCAUUCCAGUCUGUUGAUAUUCCGAACGGUGAUAUCCCUUUACGUUGCGGCUUUGGAUGGGAAAAUUGUGGCAUCACUUGUCCGUGCUCAACCUGUUCCUUUUCUCUUCAACAUCCUACGAUGGCUACUUGUAGCUAUUCCCGCGACAUGGACUAACAGCUGGCUCAGCUAUGUCCAAAGCAAGCUUGCUUUAGCGUAUCGUACACGUCUCACCGAGGAAGCCAUGAAACAGUACUUCGGCGACGAGCAUACGCAGAACUUGAAUGUGUUCUACAAGUUGUCGAAUCUUGAUGAUAGAAUCAAGAACCCUGAUCAGAUGAUAACCCAUGACAUUCAACGUUUUUCUGCACACUUAGCCGCCAUCUACGCCAAUGUGGCGAAACCCGUGUUAGAUGUCAUCUUGUACAACUAUCAGCUCUCACAAAACGUGGGCGCAGAAGGCUUGGUUCUCUUGACCGUGUUCGUGCAGUUGUCCGCGACACUCCUGCGCAAGCUAACGCCGCCGUUUGGUCUCUUCACCGCGUUGUCCGCCCAGCUUUCAGGAAAUCUGCGUCACACGCAAUCUCGUCUCGCCGAAUUCUCGGAGGAAAUCGCUUUCUACGGCGGCGAGGAGACGGAGAAGAUGCUCGUAGAGCGGGAGUAUGCAGGUCUCGUAAAGCAUGAGUCGCGCGUGCUGCGCAGCCGGUGGUGGCACGGGUGUGUCGAGGAGGGGAUCAUCAAGUGGUUAUGGGGUAGCUUCGGAUUGUGCAUCUGUGCUAUACCGAUUUUCUUCCGAAUACCCGGCGUAAACAACGUUGAUCUCGGUGGUCGUACGGAAGGUUUUGUCACAAACCGACGCCUCCUUCUAUCUGCUUCUGAUGCCUUCGGGAGAGUAAUGUACUCGUACAAGGAUCUGUCGGAGCUCGCGGGGUACACGACCCGGGUAGCUCUGCUACUAGAAACGAUGGCAGAAAUACGAAAAGGCAAGUUUGAGAAAGCACUUGUGAGUAGUGCGAGUGUUGAGGAGCAUGCGAAGGUGCUCAAGGGCAGAGGAGUAGUCGUUGAAUCUGACGAUAUUGAGUUUGAGGAUGUCCCAGUGGUUACGCCAAACGGUGACAUCCUGGUCCGCAGCCUAAGUUUUUAUGUGAAGCCCGGGCGACAUUUACUUAUCGUUGGACCAAACGGGUGCGGGAAGUCGUCUCUAUUCCGUAUACUCGCAGGGCUUUGGCCUGUCUAUGGGGGCAUUGUUCGGAAACCGCCGGCAUCGCAAUUUAUCCUGAUUCCUCAACGACCAUACCUGUCACUGGGUACACUUCGCGACCAGGUAAUUUAUCCCCACGGGCGCGACGAAAUGGAAGCCAGAAGUGUGACGGAUGAUGAUCUCCUUGCUAUAUUGUCUGUGGUACAGAUGGACCACGUCGUGGAGCGUGAUGGCGGGUGGGAUGCUGCGCGGGAGUGGCGCGAGACGCUCAGUGGAGGCGACCAGCAGAAAAUUGCAUGGGCACGGCUAUUCUACCACAAGCCGAAGUACGCCGUCCUGGACGAAGCGACCUCCCUUGUGCCCGUCGAGAUGGAGGGGAAGAUGAUGGAGUACGCCGCCCGUCUUGGGAUCACGCUGUUGACUGUGUCGCACCGGCCGUCGCUAUGGAAGUAUCAUGCCAUGAUACUGCAAUUUGAUGGGCAAGGCGGAUAUGUGUUCACGAACCUUGAUGCGGAGAAGCGCCUCGCACUACAGCAGGAGAAGGAGACGCUCGAGGGGAAAUUGCUGGAGGUACCUAAGAUGAAGGCAAGACUGGCCGAAUUACGUGCCGUUCCACUGGAGGGGCGCUGA